GAACCCUUGUACGCUUUCAGUUUCGCUUUACGGCGGAGCACGGUAGAGAAUUUUCGGAGAAGUGGGAUUAGGAAGCCUGCUAAAGCAGAGUUCAACCUUUAGCAAUGGCGGUCAGGAGAGUCAAACCCGUCAAAACAGAAGAAGAUACGAAGAACAACAAAACUAAAGGCGACGUAUUCGCCUCUUGCUCUUUCUCCAGUCUCGGCCUUCACACUAACUUAUGUGACCAGCUUCGAGAACGGUUGGGCUUCGAAGCUCCCACCCAAGUGCAGGCUCAAGCCAUUCCCGUUAUUCUUUCCGGCCGUCAUGUACUUGUUAAUGCUUCUACGGGCACUGGAAAAACAAUUGCAUACUUGGCUCCUGUUAUCCAUCACUUGCAGAAUUACAAUCCUCGAAUUCAGCGGUCUGAUGGAACUUUUGCGUUGGUUCUUGUACCAACGCGCGAGCUAUGCCUGCAGGUGCACGAAAUUCUGCAGAAGUUACUGCAUCGAUUUCAUUGGAUCGUUCCUGGUUAUGUAAUGGGUGGUGAAAACAGGUCAAAAGAGAAAUCGAGGCUGCGGAAAGGCAUAUCCAUUCUUGUUGCAACUCCUGGACGACUCUUAGAUCAUCUAAAGAAUACAUCAUCAUUCAUGCGCUCAAAGUUGCGCUGGAUUAUAUUUGAUGAAGCAGACAGGAUUUUGGAACUUGGUUUUGGAAAAGAAAUAGCAGAAAUACUAGACAUACUGGACUCAAGGAAAGACAAAACAGUCUCAACUGUAUCUGAAUUUGAGAGGCAGAAUUUGCUUUUAUCAGCUACCUUAAAUGACAAAGUCAAUAAUCUGGCUAAAAUGAGCUUAGAAAAUCCUGUUAUGAUUGGUCUUGAUGAUAAAAGGAUACAGUCUACUUCAUUACCAGAACAUUUAGUAUUUGACAUGGAUGCCUCGGAACACCCACUUAAAAUAACAGGUCCUGUUGCAGAUUAUAACCUCCCAUCUCAACUAAAUCAAAAAUAUGUCAAAGCACCAUGUAAUUCACGGCUUGCUGUACUUCUUUCCAUUCUCAAGCAUCUUUUUGAAAGAGCAACAUCUCAAAAGAUUGUGGUAUUCUUUUCAACAUGUGAUGCUGUAGAUUUUCACUACACAUUGUUGAGUGAGUUCCAAUUCUCACGCCCAGAAGCAGAACUCAAACAGAAGUUUCUCACAUGUAAUACCUUGCGGCUGCAUGGGAACAUGAAGCAGGAGGAUCGAACAGCCACGUUUCAGGCCUUCAAGACAGAUAAAUCUGCUCUUUUUUUGUGCACUGAUGUUGCUGCUAGAGGGUUAGAUUUUCCACAAGUCAAAUGUAUCAUACAGUAUGAUUCUCCUGGCGAUGCUACUGAAUAUGUACAUAGGGUAGGGAGAACUGCUCGGUUGGGUGAAAAGGGAGACUCAUUGUUGUUUUUACAGCCAGUUGAAAUGGAUUAUUUACAUCACUUGGAGAAACAUGGCGUGUCACUAUCAGAGUACCCUCUCUCGAAAGUGUUGGAUAGUUUCCCAAUUAACAAUGAGAAGCAUCGUGCCCGGAAUUUUAUAUCCGUAGACUUGCAUCCUUGGGUGGUAACUUUGCAAAAAGCACUUGAGGCAUUCUCAUCUCAGCCAAAUGUGAAGAUUCUGGCACAGAACGCAUUUUGCUCAUGGGUGCGUGCAUACACAGCCCACCGUGGCGAGUUAAAAAAAAUCUUUAUGGUGAAGAAGCUUCACCUGGGGCACGUUGCAAAAAGCUUUGCAUUGAGAGAACAGCCUUCAUUGGUUAACAAAUCAAUUCAGAGGCAAGCGAAGAGGAAGAGAGAUGAAAAGCAAAGGCGACAACCACCUAAGAAGAGGAAGGUUUCUAGGAAAGCUUAAUGGUGGAACAGCUGAACUGAUACCGUGAAAUGGCAAGCUCGAGAGAGACACAGAUGGUGGGCCAUUAUUCUCUUCCUCUAUACAUAUAUAGCAAUAUCUGCUGGCACACCUUCACCACUUGCCACUGUCUGAAGUGGUGGUGAUCAGAUAACCGUAUUUGUGGAGGCUGACAAAGAAUCACCUGCCUUGGAUUGUGGCCUUGUGCGUUGUUCCUCAGUGGACGAUCAGUAUUGCAUAUCUGAAAAGGGUAUAUUACUUUUUUCUCAAAGUUGACAAGCGUACGAGGAUUAUAGAGAAGUUUCUUUGCUAUACAAUUUUGUUUUAACCAAAUUUUGUUUGUUAAGUGAGUUUAAUGCUAUCUUCAUGUCAUUUGAGUUGAAGUUAAUUAGAAAUUCAAACCUUAACUUAAAGUUUCUAUAUACACUCCUAGUUUCUUCAACAUGUUCUGGAUUCAUUGUUUCCUAA